AUGAUGUGGGGUGCAGGCAGCCCCUUGGCCUGGCUUUCUGCUGGCCCAAGCAAUGUGAACGUGAGCAGUGUGGGCUCAGCCAAGGGAACCACAGGCUCCGGUGCACCUCUACCCGCACCCAGCGCCUGGGACGUGGUACUGUGUAUCUCAGGCACCCUGGUGUCCUGUGAGAACGCACUGGUGGUGGCCAUCAUCGUGGGCACGCCUGCCUUCCGUGCGCCCAUGUUCCUGCUGGUGGGCAGCCUGGCUGUGGCAGACCUGUUGGCAGGCCUGGGCCUAGUCCUGCACUUUGCAGCUGUCUUCUGCAUUGGCUCAUCAGAGAUGAGCCUGGUGCUGGUCGGCAUGCUGGCGAUGGCCUUCACCGCCAGCAUUGGCAGCCUACUGGCCAUCACUGUCGACCGCUACCUGUCUUUGUACAAUGCCCUCACCUACUACUCGGAGACAACAGUGACUCGGACCUAUGUGAUGCUGGCCCUAGUGUGGGGGGGUGCAGUGGGCCUGGGGCUGCUGCCAGUGCUGGCCUGGAACUGCCUGGAUGCCCCGGCCACAUGUGGUGUGGUGCGUCCACUCUCCAAGAACCAUCUGGUGGUCUUGGCUGUGGCCUUCUUCAUGGUGUUUGGCGUCAUGCUGCAGCUCUAUGCCCAAAUCUGCCGCAUCGUCUGCCACCAUGCCCAACAGAUUGCCCUUCAACGGCACCUGCUGCCCGCUUCCCACUACGUGGCCACCCGCAAAGGCAUUGCCACACUGGCCGUAGUGCUUGGCGCCUUUGCUGCCUGUUGGCUGCCCUUCACCGUCUACUGCCUGCUAGGUGACGCCCACUCACCAACCUUCUACACAUAUCUCACCUUGCUCCCUGCCACCUACAACUCCAUGAUCAACCCCAUCAUCUACGCCUUCCGCAACCAGGAUGUACAGAAAGUGCUGUGGGCUGUCUGCUGCUGCUGCUCCUCUUCCAAGAUGCCCUUCCGCUCCCGCUCGCCUAGUGAUGUCUAG